CCGCGUCGGCCCCGGGUGGCGGUUGACGUCGGGGCGGUUGUCAGGGGGCGCGAGCGGGGGAAGCGAGCGGGGCGCCGCCAUGGAGGAGAGAGCGGCGCUGGAGAGGCAGAUCCGCCUGUUGAGCAAUCUUAUAACUAACCAUAAGAACACCCAUGGGAACAUGCCUGCAGCCACAGCGGCAAGCUGCAGGCCCCCGGGACAGAGCGCCUGGGCUGCUGGCAAUGCUCCAUCCAGCUCCGUUGGCUCCCAGAGGCUCCCAGCACAACAGGCCUCUCAAGGCAGCAACGCCUGGAGGAGCAAGUACUCGCUGGUCAACAAGAGUGUUGGGAUGGAGAGCAAUGACCGACCGUCUACCAAUCUCUCUCAGGGUCAGGAGAUGCUCACUGCCAGGCCGCAGCUGAACAGUGCCGGCAAGUGUGCAGCGAAGGUGCUUGCCAAGCAGGGGCAGGGAGAAGCCAGCUCACACAGAGCUGGCAAGGCUCGCUUCCUACAGACCCUGAACUCAGAACUGGCUGUGAAGAAGGACAAACUGCUGGCCAUGAAGGAGAAGCUGAAUGAAGUGAAAAUGGCCAGAAGGAGGGCGUGUGGGAAAGGGCUAUCGCGGCACUGCUCGGGGAAGUCAUCCCUCUCGGCCCAGCCCCCCAGCAUGCCGGAGGCCGACAGGCUGGCAGCCGAUUUAGAAAGCCAAGUGUCCGCCGAGUUGGUGAAUAGGACAGAGUUGAGUGCUUCUGUCAAAUACUGCACGCCCACUGUCCGUGACCCUGGUGAGGCUCAGACUGUGGCUGUGCCAAGCCACGCUGUGAAAGAAACCUGUAGGGGCAGAGCACAGAGGAGCCACGUCACGGGCAGGCUUUCCCACACUCCGGGGACAGGCAAGCGUACCAACACAUCACACUCCACUGGCCACAUGCCAACCGCUUCCUCCACAGGUAAAGAGUCCAGAUAUACGUGGCAGAAGGCGUCAGAUGGUGGGGGGCUUUCUAAUCGUCGUGGUUCUCAGGAAACCUCAGAGCCAAGCCCACCUGCUACCCCAGGCCCAGCCUUACCUAGUACCUCACGCAUGCCCUGUGCUGGCACAGGCCCUCUGACACCGAAAACCUCCUCGGCCCUUAAAUCACUUAAAAAACAAAGGACGACCACGCCGGUUUGUAGCCGAGCCAGCAAGGGCCGAAAGGCAAAGUAUGUUUGGGUUUCAAACUCUGCCCGAUCAGGCCAGGCCAACCGUAAAUCAGUCACUGCCAAAGCAGCUAAAAGCCCAAAAUGUGUGGUUGUGGGAGGCAACGCUGUCACACAUCCAAGCCCAGAGUGCAGAUCAGUGGGAAGACAUAAGAAGGCUGGGUGUCCUCACAAGAAAGGAGUCACAGCAAACAAAUACCGCUGGAAAGCUGUGGAGAUGAAUGAGCCCGCCUCGCCAACAAAGUCUGCAUAUCGCUGGAAGUCUGAACUCUCGAGCACGCAGAUGUCGGGGAGACGGACAAGUCCAGCAGCUGUGAGGAAGGUUGAAAGCAGCGCUGACUGUGUGAGGAAGGCUGUGUGGGGGGCAGCAACUUCCCACUAUAGACUGAAGAGCAAGACCAAAAUUAUCCGCAGGAAGGCAGCACUGAGCUCGCCGACUGAGAGGAAGCUCAGCUUGACUAACCAGGUCAUCUCCAAAAGCCGCUACCUGCUCGUCAAGAGGACUUACAACAGCCACGGGCGGUGGCCACUGAUUGUGAGGACGCCUGGGAAGGGCCUGGUGCAGAUCAGCAAGCACAGGCUGCGGAGGCUGCCCGCCUCAGCGCCACACACCAAUGCCAAGCAAGGUCUGAGCUCCCUGCUUUCUGUAAAGAGCCCCUCAACCUCACGAUUCAUCAAUACCCGCUACAAACUGGUGAAGAGGAGCACCUCCUUGGCCUCGCCCUGGACCUCUCCCUCGCCCUCACAAAGUCUCUCCUUCUUCAGGACACGGAGGAAUAGCUGCUUCAGUCCCAGGUCGCAACUCCUAACCCGAGCACGACUCUUCAGCAACUCCAGGCUUCUUCAGCAGCAAUGGAAAAGCAAAGGCAUUCGCUGUAUCGGUGGGGUGCUGUACCGAGUGUCUGCCAACAAGCUGUCCAAAAGCCCCGGCCUUGCCAGCAAACUCGCCCUCGGGGGCACGAGGACUCCCACACCAUCAGGUAGCUCCCAGGCUGAUCCUGAUGGUGCUGACUGUUACUUCCCCAGCAGCCUGGCCAGGCCGCUGACACCUCGCUACAUCGCCAGCCGUGCCGUCCAGCGCAGCCUGGCCAUAAUCCGACAGGCCAAGCAGAGGAGAUCCAAAAAGAAGGAGUACUGUAUGUACUACAACCGCUUUGGGAAAUGUAAUCGCGGAGAGAAGUGUCCCUACAUCCACGACCCUGAGAAGGUAGCUGUGUGCACAAGGUUCCUGCGGGGCACGUGUAAGCAGACAGACGGAACCUGCCCCUUCUCCCACAAAGUCUCGAAAGACAAGAUGCCGGUCUGUUCCUACUUCCUGCGAGGGAUCUGCAGCAACAGUAACUGCCCCUACAGUCACGUGUACGUGUCCAGGAAAGCUGCGGUCUGUCCCGACUUCCUCAAGGGCUACUGCCCAUUAGGAGAAAAGUGUAAGAAGAAGCACACACUGCUGUGCCCUGAGUUCUCGAGGACAGGCCGCUGUGCUCAGGGCUCCACUUGUAAACUCCAGCACCGACAUCGCACAGCCGGGCGGCACAGACACAGUGAGAGGGAGAGCACCAGCGCCAGUACCAACCAGCUCCGGCUUACAGGCCAAACCCACAGGGAACUCGCGGAGGGCGAGGCAGUGCCCUCGGGCAUAGAAGCCGGCUCUUCUGCCAGCACCAAUGAGCUGGGCACCAGCAGCACAGAGCAGCGACUGCCAGCGUUCAUCGCCCUGCACUCGCCCGUGUCCUCGCAGGAGAUCAGCCCACUGGAGGGGCAAAGUGCCGCGGAGGCCCUGGGGAAGCCCAUGCGGAUCAAACCCAGACUGUGAUUGUUUCACCAGGGCCACAAAACCUGUCCAGACCACACCAGCAACCUGUCCAGUCAGGGGCCUCAACACGUGCUGUGUGCCCCCCGGGAGCAGCAUUAACCUGCAGCGAGAGAAACGUCUGAUCAGUCUGGCCUCUGAACCGCUCCAGUGUAACAUGGCUAUCAAUGUCCUUCGUACUCUUGAUUCUCAUGAUUCUGCACAUGGCGGCCAGGGCUCAGCUCUCACAGCAUCGGCCAAGGUGUUUAGUUAGUCUGGGAGAGCAACGUAAGGUGUAUGGUGAGGGCAGUGUGAACAGAUGAACAUUAUCUGCCACCAGAGCUGAACACACUUCACACCUCAGCGUCUCACUGAAGAGCCAGACCCCCCCGAGCCAGUCACAGUGUUUCGGGAUUUGCGGGCUGGGAACAGUGAAGGGGCUCACACUGGCAGAUUUUCUUUUAAAAUAGAAAUUUAUUUAUUUGUGGAGUUUCAAUUACAAAUAAAAGUUAUU